UAAAUUGCUUUCUCUGCCCGUCGCGUAUCAUGGAAUCCUUAAAAUUCCUGCGAAAAUUGUAAAAUAGUGCGCUGAAUUCGGUGUGAUUGCUUGUAAAAAUAGUGCCCGCGCGUUCUUGAAGUUGAACAAAACACCAAAAAGGCACCAACAAUGUCUCGCCAGCUGAAUCCCAACCAGCAAAAGAUAUCGGAGAAGCUGAUCAUCCUGAACGAUCGCGGCAUCGGAAUCCUUACGCGCAUCUACAACAUCAAGAAGGCAUGCGGCGACACCAAAUCCAAGCCCGGCUUUCUGUCGGAAAAAUCGCUCGAAUCGUCGAUCAAAUUCAUCGUGAAACGUUUUCCCAACAUUGACGUCAAGGGACUGGCCGCGAUCACCAACAUCAAGAGCGAAAUCAUCAAGUCUCUUUCGCUGUACUAUUACACCUUUGUGGAUUUGCUUGACUUUAAGGACAAUGUUUGCGAAAUUCUCACCACGAUGGACGCGUUGCAGAUUCAUCUGGACAUUACCCUGAACUAUGAACUUACCAAAAACUACAUGGACCUGGUGACGACGUACGUUUCGUUGAUGAUCCUGCUGUCGCGCGUCGAGGAUCGCAAAGCGGUGCUGGGGCUGUUCAACGCGGCGUACGAAAUGCAACACCAGCAAAGCGACCAGAGUUUCCCCCGCCUCGGUCAAAUGAUAAUCGACUACGACGCGCCGGUGAAGAAGCUCGCGGACGAGUUCAUCCCGCACCAGCGACUGCUGGCGAGUUCGAUCACAUCGCUCACGAAGAUCUACCCGAUGAGGAACCUGAGCGCGGAAAAGUGGCGCGAGUUGCAGCUGCUGAGUCUGGUUGGGACGCCGGCCACGCUGCUGAAGGCGGCCAAAACGGACACGAUGUCGUGCGAGUACGUCUCGCUGGAAACGCUCGAUCGCUGGGUGAUUUUCGGGCUGAUGCUGAACCACCAAGCGCUGGGGCAUCACGACACGAUCACCAGCAUGUGGAUUUCGGCGCUGGACUCAAGCUGGGUGGUGGCGCUGUUCCGGGACGAGGUCAUCUACAUCCACCAGUACAUUCAGAACACUUUCGAAGGGAUGAAGGGGUACGGCAAGCGCAUCUCCGAGGUUAAGGAGUGCUACAACCAGGCGGUUCAGAAGGCCGGCCUGUUGCAUCGCGAGAGACGCAAGUUUUUGAGAACGGCGCUGAAGGAGCUGGCCACGAUUAUGACCGACCAGCCGGGGCUGCUUGGGCCGAAGGCACUGCUCAUCUUUAUUGGGUUGUGUUACGCGCGGGACGAGAUUCUGUGGCUGCUGCGGCACAAUGAUAAUCCGCCGGUGGUGAAGAGCAAGGGCAAAUCGACGGAGGACCUGGUCGAUCGGCAGCUUCCGGAGUUGCUGUUUCACAUGGAGGAGCUGCGGGCGCUGGUGCGAAAGUACAGCCAGGUCAUGCAGCGCUACUACGUGCAGUAUCUGUCCGGGUACGACGCGAUCGAUUUGAACUUUAAGAUGCAGCAGUUGCAGGUUUGCCCGGAGGACGAAAGCAUCAUUCUGUCGUCGCUGUACAACACGGCCGCUUCGUUGACCGUGAAGCAGGUGGAGGAUAAUGAAACGUUUGACUUUCGGGCGUUCCGCUUGGACUGGUUCCGGUUGCAGACCUUUAUGAGCGCCAAGUCGGCCAUUCGGAUCGUCGAUUUCCCGGAUCUGGCGCGGCUGCUGGACUCGAUGGUGUUCCACACCAAGAUGGUGGACAAUUUGGACGAAAUUCUGGUCGAGACGUCGGAUCUGUCAAUUUUCUGCUUCUACAACAAGAUGUUCGAGGAUCAGUUCCACAUGUGCCUGGAGUUCCCGGCGCAGAACCGUUACAUCAUUGCAUUCCCCCUGAUUUGCAGCCACUUCCAGAACUGCACGCACGAAAUGUGCCCCGAGGAGCGGCACCACAUCCGGGAGCGGUCACUGUCCGUGGUCAACAUGUUCCUGGACGAGAUGGCCAAGGAAGCGAAGAACAUCAUUACGACGAUUUGCGACGAGCAGUGCAUGAUGGCGGACGCGCUGCUGCCGAAGCAUUGUGCCAAAAUACUGUCAGCCGCGGCCAGCCGGAAGAAGAAGGACAAAAACAAGAAGCACAUGGACGACAUCAAGCGGCCCGGGGACGAAAGCUUCCGCAAGACACGCGAGGAGCUAACCACGAUGGACAAGCUGCACAUGGCCCUGACGGAACUUUGCUUCGCGAUCAACUACUGUCCCACGGUGAACGUGUGGGAGUACGCGUUCGCCCCGCGGGAGUAUCUCUGCCAGCAUCUGGAGACGCGCUUCUCGCGAGCCCUCGUCGGAAUGGUCAUGUACAAUCCGGACACGAUGGAGAUUGCGAAACCGUCGGAACUGCUCGCAUCCGUACGGGCCUACAUGAACGUGCUCCAGACGGUAGAGAACUACGUGCACAUUGACAUUACGCGCGUGUUCAACAACUGCUUGCUGCAGCAAACGCAAGCGCAGGACAGCCACGGCGAAAAGACCAUCGCGGCGCACUACAACACCUGGUACUCGGACGUUCUGCUGCGGAAGGUGAGCGGAGGAAACAUUGUGUUUUCGCUGAACCAAAAAGCGUUUGUUAGCAUAACGGCCGAAGGAUGCAUUCCAUUCAACCCGGAGGAGUUCUCCGACUUUAACGAGCUGCGCGCGCUGGCCGAACUGAUUGGUCCGUACGGAAUCAAGCUGCUGAACGAGUCGUUGAUGUGGCACAUCGCCAACCAGGUACAGGAGCUCAAACGGAUGGUCGCGCUCAACAAGGAAGUUUUGAUCAUUCUGAGAAGCAACUUUGACAAGCCCGAGAUCAUGAAAGAGCAGUUCAAGCGACUUCAGCAGGUCGACAACGUCCUGCAGCGAAUGACCAUCAUCGGGGUGAUUCUGAGCUUCCGCCAACUUGCCCAAGAAGCUCUGGUGGACGUCCUCGAUCAACGCAUUCCCUUCCUGCUUUCGUCGGUCAAAGAUUUCCAGGAGCACGUUCCCGGCGGUGACCCGCUCAAGACGGUCUCCGAGAUGGCGUCCGCGUCGGGACUCAAAUGCAAGGUCGACCCGGCCCUCUCAAACGCCCUUAAAGCCCAAAAACCCGAACUCGACGAGGGAGAACACCUGAUCGUGUGCCUCCUGAUGGUCUUCGUCGCCGUGUCAAUCCCAAAGCUAGAAAACGAUACCUCCUUUUACCGCGCGUCCCUCGAAGCGCACACCAACAACACGCACUGCAUGGCGGUCGCGAUCAACAACAUCUUCGGUGCAAUGUUCACAAUCUGCGGCCAAAGCGACAUCGAGGACCGGAUGAAGGAAUUCCUCGCGCUGGCCAGCUCAUCCCUGCUGCGGCUCGGCCAGGAAUCGGACAAGGAAGCGAUCAAGAACCGCGAAUCCAUCUACCUGCUGCUGGAUCAGAUCGUUCAAGAGUCGCCGUUCCUGACGAUGGACCUGCUCGAAUCGUGCUUCCCGUACGCGCUAAUCCGGAACGCGUACCACGCCGUUUACAAGCAGGAGCAGUUGCUGAUGCAUUAAGUGGGGGGAAAGUACUAAUCUGUAUUGCUAUUGGCGAAUACACUAAAACGCUGCAUCCUAGGCUACAAAUUUCCAAACACAAAUCGGGCACCAUCGAUUAGUUACAGAUGGCGCUCGUUCUUAGUCGCUGAAUAUUAUGAGUGCAUAUAAUGAAUUAUUAUCUACUGCUAGCAUCAACACAAACUCACACAAAAUGGUGUAACUUUUCCACAAUUGUAUUUAAGCUACAAGUAUAAUUACAACUCUAAAACAUCAUCAAUAACAACAAUUACUCAUCGUAAUGCUGAUCGUAAGCAGUAACGUUAUUUGUAAACGCAAUAUUUCGUAAGAUUAUGGAAAUAAAUAUAUUUAGGUGCAAA